UCUUUUUUUUUUUUUUUCCAAGUAACAUUUAGAUUAAAAAUUAUUAUACAUGGGAAAUUAUUUACCCUAUUUUAACAGAAGAACUGACAAUGGAGUGGAAAUUAUUAAUGCAAAUGCUGUGUAUCGGUUUCCUCCAAAAUCAGGUUCUUACUUUGGAACACAUUUCAUGAUGGCAGGCGAAAAGUUUGAAAAUAUGAAUCCUGAACGAUUUUUGUUUGGAGAAAACAGCGAUCUCAAUUAUCUUCCAAACAAACCAAUGCCAUUUCCAUACUCUAUUGGAAAAUCAAAUGAACCUAGCAACACUGUACGAAGUCUGGUGCAUUUAAGAAAAGACACAUUAAAACUAUUAAAAAUAUCAUCACAAUAUUGGAUUGAAUUUGUUUUUGACACUGAUAUUGCAUGCUCUGUUGAAGUAUAUUUAAUGGCAAAUGAGUUUUUGACCACUGACAGUUUAAAAUAUGCAUCUCGAAAACCAGAAUUAUCAACUGAACCUGUUAAGUUUCGUAAAGGGGCAAACCAAGUUUUUCGAACUUGUUUACUCAUAGACCCAGAAGAUUUUCAACCAUCAGAACUAAAUUAUAUACCUGGAAACAGCGAGAUUCCAUUGGUUAUUCAAAUAUCAGUUGAUGAUAUUGAUUUUCCUGGCCAAUCUGAAGCAACUUUAGCUGGUAUUGAAAAGUUGUCUGAAGGAAUAUUUACAAUCAAAUUUAUGAAGCAAAAAAUAAUGGUUGAUGGAUUUUGCUUUAUAACUCAAGAAAUUUAUGGUAUUGAAAAUAAAUCAGGAGAAUUAAAUGAGUUUGAUGGGGAUGAUGUUGACGAUAACAUUGAGUGUGUGAUAUGUAUGAAUAAUUUACGCAACACUAUUAUGCUUCCAUGUAGACAUCUUUGUUUGUGUGAAACCUGUGGAGAACAAAUGCGCACUAGUUCAAGUCGUUGUCCCAUAUGUCGAGCAAAUUUUAAUGCACUGCUUCAAAUCAAAGCUGUGCGUAAAAAAAAAUAUCCUCCUGGAUCUAUACAUGCUGGAGAUGAUCAGUUAGAAGAAGUAGAUUUAAUUGAAGCGUUGAAUGGUUUUAAUCCUGAGACCGAAGAAGAUUGCAAUUCUCAAAUCAGUUUUUCUCGUCAGCGUUGUUCAUUGUCCUCUAAAGGUCGCCGUUCGUUUGGACGAUCACGUUCUGCAAGGAGUUUUUGCACUGAAAAUAAAAAUAGAGCAAGUGGGAGAAGCUACAAAAGCGCAUCGAUGACCAGCAACCAGGACACCGAAGAUUUCUUUCUUGAAAAAGAAAUUAUUCCUGAAUUUCCCCCUGCAGCAUUUGAGCAAGAUGAUAAAUAUAUAGAUGUAUCGUUACCAGGAACUCCUAUAGGAAGUAAAGACUACAAUGAAUCCGCAGCGUCUAAGUCUUCCUCAUCGCAUCGAAAUAGAGUUCCUGCAUUUAAUGAAACGUGCUCAUCACAUACGCAUGCUCAAAUAACAACUCCAAGUGAAGUUGAAAUGGAUGAAAAAGAACCACGUAGUUCUGUUUGUGUAAGAUAUGCGAAUAAAAAAAAAUUUGACGACGUUUAUUUUAAUAAGUCAGAUUUAUUAGAGAAUACAUGACUAUUAAACGGAGUUGAUUCUGAAUAAAAACAUGACAUUAUUUUGAAAGGAUGAAAAAUUCGAGAACUUCGAGAACUUAAGGGGUCUUCAUAGCUUUAUCAAAAACUUAAAUUA